AUUUACGGAACUUGAGGGGGAUGGUGGGGGAGGGAGGCCAUCUGGCCAUCGCUAUUAUUGUACGACCAACGGACCAACCGUCAGUCGUCGUAGUAUCAGGUUCUGUUUCUGUUUACAUUUCUGGACUGAGAAGUAAAACUCUGGCCAAAAUUGGGUGAUUCGCUGACGUAAAGGCGUUUCGGACGCAUCCGGAUACAAGGCUGGCCAGCUGCGCCAUUCUUGUUGUGUGGUUCUUCUCAUCAGCCACACUACACCCGUCAAACCUGGUUGCCGGGUAGUCGUAGUCGGAUUGUUGUAGUUAGCUGUUGCGAUGUCGCACACUGCAGGAAUGGACACGGGCUUGCCUGUACCGGAUGCCAUCCCUCCGCUCGAAAAACUUCAAGAAGACCUGGUUCUAGACCUCGUCCAGGAAGUCAAAUUUCAACCGGACCUCCGUCAAUUACCUAUAACAACACAGGACGAUGAGAUAACGAUUGGUGCUCGAGACAGAUCUGCUCAUGUACUAAGAUGCCUAAAAGUGAUGUACGAUUUGUCUUCAGAUGUAUUUUUCAUUGCGAUAAAUCUGAUAGACCGAUUCCUGACUAAAAUGAAGGCAAGGCAGAAGCACAUGGCCUGCAUCAGCGUGUCAGCCUUUUACAUUGCUGCCAUCCAACGAAUGCAGCCCAUAGAUGCCGAGCACCUAAUCUCGAUCUCGCAGUGCAGAUGCACGGCUGAUGACUUGAGGCGCAUGUCGGAGGUGAUACGAAACAAAUUGGAAUGGGCACCCGGCACUGAACCCACUACCGCUCUGACUUUUCUACAGCUGUUCAACAAAAUGUUUCAUGCGGUAGCGAAGCAAAUACAUCUCGGCGACGUAUAUACCAGUAUCGUCAAGGAAUCUGAAUUGAUCCUCAGAUUGGAAAUGGUGGGUUGCGAUGGUAGUUGCGCGAGUCUCAGGCCCUCCGAGGUAGCUCUGGUAUUACUCUGCACUUAUUUGGAUGCUGCUGUUAAUCGACUGAAUGCAAAUGCAGACGCCACCGCGUCUGCCGACGACCCAUCCUCACACAACACAUCCAUCAUUACAUCCUAUCAAAUGCUAAAAGACGAACUCAUGCAGUUUGCUGUGGAGCUCCGAGAGAAAUGCAAUAUUUCAGAGGAGAGUUUCCGCUCCACUCAUGGGAUGGUGGGCACUGUACUGAGCAAGUAUAACGCCCAGGAGCAAACACCUCAUAGACAGAAGCUAAUCUGGAAACUUUCAUCUCGCACUGCGGGUAUUUUACGUCCAACGGAUAAUUUCAGAUCUGUACUACCCGCCAUCGCGGAACAUGCGCCGAUUCCGUCUCCAAGCAGAAUCAGAAAAACUCGUAAAUACGCCCGACGCCAUGGCAAUAAGAGACGUUAAAGUGACAUCAUUUUUUUUUCUGAGAGUACGGUACUGGGAUUUCCUUCUGAUAUAUCACGUUUUUGAUAUAUUAGAUAUCUGAUACACGUCAAGUAAAAGCGCAAGAUUAUCAUUUUUUCCAGUACGAAGAUCAAAAUUUUACUCGAAAGUACAAAUGUCGAUUCACGCAUUGCAAUGAUUUUCCAUAGAUACUUUGUUUAUGUCAUCUACUCAGAUGUCAUACUGGCAAGAUAUAAGUCGUCGUCUUUCACUAUGUAAAUAUAAGAUAUAAUUAUGUAUAAACAACGUGUCAUAAGACAAAGUGAAUACAAUGGCUGAUAUUCAUAAUCGGUUCUUAUUUUAAUCUUAAGUAACGUCUUAAGAUUAAAAAAGAUGCUAAUGAGACUGAUUGAUUCAUGAUGUAUUGAAGACAGUCUUAAAUAUAAGAAUUGAUUAUAAACCUCAGCCAAUAAAUAACGGAAAGGUCUUAUCGAUCUGAGCUGGAUUUUAAAGGUAUAGUUUCACGUGCUACUAAAACAAUUAGAGCGACAGAUCUGUCGCUCUUAUUUCAGCGGCUAAAAUAACAGUGCUAUUGCACCAUGUCGACCGUGUUGACCAACGUUGACUACGAAUACCACGAUAUAUAUAACCUAAUUUAUUCUUUGUUGCUGAUCCAGGUAAAAGAGCGUCAAAUCUGUCGCUCAAAUGUCAAAUUCGGCGAUUCUUGCCUUUUUUCAGUAUGUGAUCUUUUUUUAUCAUUGAAACGGCCAAUUCGAGCGGCUCGUAAAAAUGCACCUUAAUGCUUAAAUAAUAUUUUGGUGUGAAUUUAUAUACAUAUCCAGUUCUAGUUUUAUAGUUCUGUAUGUUUUGUCAAUAUGUGAAUCAUUUUUAUCGCACUAUAUGUUAAUUUCUGCUCACUUUCUCAUUGCAUUACACGUAAGUACAUAUUUUGGGAUAUUUAUGCAAAUAUUUUAUAAAGAAAACACGUAUUUGAGACUUUCUGUGUUCCAAUAACAAGAUAGCUGGAAUUAAAGUGCUGUUAAAAGCAUGGGGAAAAGGAGGAACAGAAACGAAGUACGUCUUUACGAAAUAUUGAAAAUUAAUGUGAUAUACAAUGUCGUUUAUAGUGAUUAUCUAAUUAGUAAAACAACAUCGGUAAAAGCGUGUAAAUCUGUAUAUUUACAAAAUGUGUUAAAAACGAACAAAAAGAUAUAAAAGAAAGAGUAAUAUAAGAGCUACGAAAGUGUUGGGAAUUUCGUAUAUCGUAAAAUUAUUAUUAAAGGGAAAGAAAGAAGGAUAAAGAUAAGUUGGCCGAUACAAAUAAGAGGUGAACUUGCUGAAACCUGUGUUUGCUAAAUUUGAUAAAGAAAAAAAUGUUUCUUUGGAUUUUAUCAGGAUUGGCAAAAGAUAAUGUUUUUUUUUUUUA